UGCGCGAAAAUUCGACGAUGCUAACAUCUAAUUAUAAAUUUUGCAUGAAAAUGUCUAAUGCAGGUAAAAUACCGCAGUGCGAUGCACGCUUAAACUUACGCGCGUAUAUUUACGUGUAGAACAGUCACCUGGUUAAUUCAAUUAUCCUUUCCUAGGCUAUUAUGAAAUCACGCAUAAGUUGACAAGUAUAUGCCGUGUGUUUUAUAAUUUAUAUGUAUAAAUUAGCUCUUGAAUUCAAGUUCGACAGGUCAUAACGUGGGUGAAGAUAUAAGUCAAUGAAAUAAAUGCACUAUGGCAGUUCAAAAUAAAGUUUUAUAUGCGUUUAGAGGCUGGAUAGCCUUCGUAGCUUUCAUGGAUCUCGGUACGGCCGGACGUUCGUAUAUUGAAAGAAGAUCGUUUUUAAGCAAUAAUGGUGACAAUGAACAUCUAGACGGAGACUUCACAAUAUCCCGAAUGCUGGGAAUGUAUUCGGUGCUGAAGGCGCUUGCUUUGAUACAUUGUACACUAUACAUACAUUACAGACCUGUGGUAUCAAUGGGCUACUGGUCAUUAUUUUUGACUAUCAUAUUGUAUUUCACGGAGGCCUUCUAUUUUCACUCAACUAAUCUUAAUUUUUAUGUGGUUUUUCCUUGCAUAUUAAAUAUAAUAACGCUAUUAGGUUUAAUAUAUCUACCAUCGAAACUGAAACUAUGGGGUACGAUACCCGGAACUUCGGGUAUGGAUCGGGAUGUGGACGAUGAGAACACUCAAAUAUUACGACAGAUGGGCAACUUUAGGAGGAGGAAACCUGGCAACCCCAUCAAAAACAAACACGUCUGAUAAGUGUCGACACAUUAUGAAUAUGGCUGUGUUUUUUCCUGCACUUGAUGAAAUAGGGGCCUUAUAAAUUAACGUUUGUUUUUUAAAUGAUUAAAUACACAGAAUAUAAACGGAAAUAGUGUAAUUUUACUUUCAAUAAAAACAGUUGGAUGUAUUUUUUUUAAGAGCAUUCUUGCAUAGAACAUUUUAUUUUGUGUAUUAAAUCAAUAAAAUUGUAGUGUAUAUCUGGUUGUCAUAUGUGUCGGCGUCGUAGCCAGGGUCUGCUAAGGGCAUAACC